AUGAAGAGUCAGCUGGGUAAGAAUUACUCAGCAGUGACUGAGUUUAUUCUGCUGGGGUUCAGGACCCCUCCAACAUUGCAGAUCCUCUUAUUCCUAGUGUUCUUGCUGCUCUACGUGGCCACUGUGGCGGGAAAUAUCAGCAUGCUAACUGACAUUAAGAUGGACUCCAGAAUUCAAAUGCCUAUGCAUUUCUUUUGCAGAAACUUGUCCUUUUUAGAACUCUGCUGCUCCACAGUCGUUGCUCCCAAAACUUUAGUCAACUUCUUGUCUAAAAAAAAAAAAAAUUCUUACAAUGGCUGUGCUGCUCAAUUUUUCUUCUUUGCCCUAUUUGUGAUAACUGAAGGCUUUCUUCUGGCUUUCAUGGCAUUUGAUUGCUUGUUGGCCAUUUGCUCCCCUCUCCUUUACCCUGUGCACAUGUCCCAGAAAGUCUAUGUUCAACUGGUGACUGGAUCCUAUAUCUGUGGAUGCAUCAACGCCAUAGUCCAAACAUGUUUCACCUUCAGUUGGCAUUUCUGUGGAGAAAACAGAUUGGACCCCUUUUUCUGUGAUGUCGCAGUCCUGAUCAAGAUCUCAUGCAUUGACACCUUUGUGAAUGAGAUUGUACUGUUUACCCUCUCUGCUCUCAUCAUCAUCACCACCACAACUGUCAUUCUAGUCUCCUAUGCUUCUAUCCUCUCCACUGUCCUGAAGAUCCCCUCCCACGGCAAGAGGAAGACCGCCACCUGUGGCUUCCGUAUAGCAGGGGUGAGUUUAUUCUACAGGACUGUGUUCUUCGUGUGUGCCCAACCUGGGGCCAUCUCCUCACCAGAGCAAAGCAAGACUGAGGCUGUGCUGUACACGCUUAUAAUACCAGUGUUAAACUCUCUGAUACAUAGUCUGAGAAACAGAGAUGUAAAAGAUGCUGUGCAAAGAAUAUUACACAGGAGAUUCUCUCACUGA